AUGGCACGCCCGCGCCAAACGUCCGCGGCGUCCGAUCUCAGUUCAGUGCUGGACCAGAAUCAGGAGCUCGGAAGCAUGUACGAUUUCCUGGCCAAAGUCGUCCUCCUCGGGCCCUCGGGGGCAGGCAAGUCGUGCCUCCUACACCGGUUCGUCAAGCAAGAAUGGCGCGUCCUGUCGUCGCAAACCAUCGGCGUCGAGUUCGCCUCCAAGAUCGUCAAAGUCGGCUCCGGCCCCACGCGACGACGCAUCAAGCUGCAGCUGUGGGAUACGGCGGGCACAGAACGAUUCCGAUCCGUCAGUCGGUCCUACUAUCGAGGCGCCGCUGGCGCCAUCUUGGUCUACGACGUCGCGAGCCUACCCAGCUUCCAUGCCCUGCCCACCUUUCUGAGCGAUGCGAGGGCUCUGGCGAGUCCGAAUCUGACGGUCAUCCUGGCAGGGAACAAGGCUGAUCUGGCGGAGGAGAGGGCGCAUGCACCGGGGAGAGGCCCUGAGGGUGCGCCGCAACAGCAACAACAACAACUGCAGCCGCAGCAAGAUUCCAUGCCAUCUGCCUCGAGCGCUUCGAGUCGGCAAUCAUACUUUCCCUACGACUCCGGCGGGGGUGGAUCAGCACUCGCGUCGUCGACACGUUCACGUGGUGACUCGAUCAACCUCUCGCUCAGUACCGGCAAGUGGACGGCGACCACUUCCGUUGAAGGUCGCGAAGUCACCCCGGACUUAGCCUCACGCUGGGCAUCCAAGGUCCACGUCCCGGUGACCAUGGAAGUGUCGGCGCUGACGGGCGAAAAUGUCGACGAACUCUUCAAUCGGCUCGCCCGCAUGAUCCUCACCAAAAUCGAGCUCGGCGAAAUCGACCCCGACGAUCCUGCCAGCGGGAUCCAAUAUGGCGAUGGCGGAGGGACAUGGGACGGAUCGAGCACCCGCUCCGGCACAGGAGACGAUGGCAGAGCCAGCACCCUCAGGAGACGGAGAAAUCCAGGAAGAGGCCGGAAUGGCGUUCUUGCGGGGCUGAGUGAAUGGGAGGACGUCUUCCGCCGGCCCGCUGCUCGAGGUGGUCCACGGUGCUGUUGA